AUGGCCGAACUGGCCCUGGACCUUUCAGACGUCAUCACGGGUGAAGGCGCAGAGAUGAUCGAGUCCUUGGAGUGGACCCGGUUGUAUUCACAGGAUGGUAUUGAUUUGGUGAUCAACUCCCUCGCCGUGUUUGAUGAGCAGCAGAUCCUACAGGUUGGAGACCUCAUGGAAGAGUAUGAAGAAGUGGAGCGUCUGCCCGGUGAGCUGCUGGCCGCGUACGUUGCGCAUUUCAAGGAUCUCGAGAUGCGGCUCAAACGGGCAGAGCGUCCAGCUCAGCAAGGACAGUUUCGAGCAUUCAAGUUGUUGCGAAGUUCAUGUCUAUCGCCGGAGGUCCGGCGCAACCUUCUCCUCGCCACGGGCAAUGAGUAUGACUUCGACCGCCUCGUUCAGGCUGACAUUAUUCCCGAGGACGAGGCCGAGGAGAACGAAGAUGAAGAUGACCCCGAUCAAGCAGAAGUCAAUGAGGCUUACGCCGAGGAGGUUGACAGUAUCCAGGUCAUGCAGGAGGUGGCGUACGCUUUGACCGUCACCAGCGACAAGUUGAAGAAGCUGACCUUGGGCCGCGGGUGGACCGGAAGGCCGGCCGUCCCCAGCGCCGCCCGGCAGGCCGCCGCAGACAUCGUCAGCACCGCCGCAGAGAGGCACUGCGACGCCGCCGGCCGGCACGUCUUUUUCAGGAAGCAUUCGUGGAACAUUUACGGGAGACCGAUCCGGAGAUUCAAGAGCACCGGCGGCAUCUCAGAGGAUAAGCGCGACCGAGCUCGCGCCGUUCAUGAUGCCUCGAUCGACCAGGACGAACCCGCCGAUGAAGACGAUGAGGAGUACGCCGCCGAUGCAGUAGAGCACGAGGCCUUAGUCACGCACCUCUCGCCCGACGAGCUGCAGCAGCGCGUGGCCGCCUUCAAGAGCAGGGUCGCCACCAGCGACAAGGGGGCCUCUCACGUUCGAUUUCAGGCAACGCCAGAAGUGCGUCAGUUUUCCGUGGAUUCUCGCGGAGCUCAGGCGGCGAGAAGCGGGACAAAAUCAUCGCAUCAGGUCGACGUCAUCUGGCAUGUCCGGACGCCCUUGGACGUUUGCUUCCUCGAGGAUUCCCAGGGUUUCUACAUUGUCAUCGACACAGGUUGCCAGCGCAACGUUGUGGGCUACGAGUGUUUGGGAAAGUUUCUGGAACAUAUCGCCUACCUGGGAUUGAGUUUCUGGGAAGCUGAGGAGCAAGAGAGGUUUCGGUUUGGAGUCAGUCGUGCGGUGAGCAAAUCUGUGGUGUAUUUCCCGAUAUGUCUUGAACAUGUGGUGCCCCUGGUUUGCCGUGCCUCAGUCUUGGACGUGAACCCUAAGUUGCCUUUCUUGGGAUCGCUACCGAUGUGGAAGCUCUUGGGCCUCCAGCUGGACACCUUGGGGGAAAGGGCUCAUUUCACCAAGAUCAACCUGUGCGACGUGCCCUUGAAGAUUGCCCCGAAUGGCCACUUGCUUCUGAGAGUCGACUCUUGGUUGAAGGAUGUGGGGUUCCCAAGGGAGCCCGAGGCCUGGAAGUUCACCCCCUCGGACGUCAUCAUCCCGGAGCCCCAGUGGAUCCCAGAGAACCUGGCGAUCAACGCGUGGACGAACCUGAUGCAGCUGAUCAUGAACCACCUGUCGCACAUCAUCGGUCGCAGUCGCGAGCAGUUCCGGCAUAACAUGGAGAUGUCGAACCGGAUGAUGGGCGCGAUCGCGCAGAUGGGCCACGAGAUGGGCUACCUGACACCGAUGGCGGACUCAGUGAAGGCGAUCGCGAGAGGAGCCGCACAGGUUCCAGAGAGCGUGCUGCCACCGCCGCCGGCACCAGAGGAUCAAGCCCAGAACUACUCACAGCUGUGCGAGAAGAGGGACGUGCGCGCCCAUUCGGCAACGAGGAGGUACUACGCCAAGGGGUACUGGCUGAUCUGCGACCAGUGCGGCCGGCGGUGGAAGUCGGUCAACGGGAAGUGGAUCGUGAUGGUGAAGAGAGGCGCCUGGAAGCGCCUUCUCGGCAUUGCUAAGAAGACGACCGCAGCCUGCGAGACGCUUAUUAACGUGAGUCAAGAUGCCGAUCGCCGAGCUGCAGAUUUACGAGACGCGGAAUGGUGCUGUUCGGACGCGGCCUUCAUGGACAUUCCCGUUCCUGAGUUGCCCGACCACCGGUACCUGGACAACGAGUGCCAGGCGUGCGGCACCGACCUCAUCGAGGGCUGCGCAGGGACAGCAAGACCUACGCGACUAGCUUCACGCUUUGAGCUGAGGGCCUCGCCGAGCGCCGACAUAGAGGACGGCUGGGACUUGUCAACUACGCGAGGUGCUCAGAGAUGGAAAGAUCAGAUACUGAAAGACAAGCCACUCUACGUGAUCGUAGGCUUCCCCUGCACGCUCUGGUGCUCCUACAACGUCAAUGUGAAUUACGUCGACCAUCCCGAGCUGCUUGAGAGACUUCGUGCUCGGGAUCGACGGCUGAUUGACUUGAUCAAGUGGACCAUCAUGUACCAGGUGAAGCAUGGCCGGUUCUUCUUGUUCGAGAACCCGCCGACGUCAGCGAUCUGGAAGGACCUCCAGUUCGCCCCGCUCCUGCCCUUAGGCGAGACCGUUAUCGGCCAUGGGUGCCAGUACGGGAAGACAGGCAAGACUGGCCUGCCGAUUCGCAAGGCGUAUCGCUGGUUCUCCAACUCGCCGCCCGUGCUUGCGGCUCUGAGCCGCCGCUGCCCAGGACUUCGUCCGGAGUCCGGGGGCCACUUGCACGAUCAGAUUGAGAACUCAAAGUGGACAAAGGCCAGCGGCGAGUACACUGACGAGAUGGCCCACGCGAUGCUCUACGCGAUCCAGCAGGUCGCCGCCCAGAGGAAUCCGAGCAGGUUCGCCGACAUGCCGGUUGCGGCUACCGAGUGGGAGGUCGCCUACAACCACGCAGGUCCCAUCGAGGUGUUGUUCGCCUCGCCAGAGAAGGACCCCACUAGGUGGGAGGCGGUCAUGCAGGGCGUCCGACAGAUCGUGGGCGGUUCCGCCAACCGAGGCGGGAACAAGGCCAUGCAUUACCUUUCGAAGUCGUCCACGCUCUGGAGACAGAUUAGCCAGCUCGUCCCGUGGGACCUCACGAUGAUCCAGCUCGCGAAGUCAGCCAAGCAAAGGAGGUUCCCCAUCAACAAGGAGCCGUGGUCUCACCGUGGUCACUGCUACGUGGACGAGAAGGGACAUUACCAUAUCGAAGCCGAGGACCUGGUUGACGUGGCCUUCCCGACGUUGGCCUUGUCGCCGCCCGCGGACCUAGCCGUUUUCUCCUUCGGCUAUGCCAAGCAGGAGUCCCUCCCGCAGGAGCCUGACACGUCACAGAUAGAGAAGCGAAUGCCGCUUCCCCCGGACCCGAACGACCCGAUGCUGCCGAACAACAGCCUGCCGCCCGACGAGGACGACGACCUGCAGGACGUCCCGAUCGCUCGGAUGCCUGACGCGUCCGGCGGUAUGGCUGGUAUACGUUUUGUUGGAGUGACAAAGGAGCAGUGUCCUCGUGAAGUUCGCCAGCUUGUCGCUCGUAUGCACUGUAACUUGGGACAUCCGGUGCCCAGCGAGUUCUUCCAGUUCCUGGCUCAGAGAGGCGCCUCGCAGGCUACGCUGCUGUGCGCCAGAGCGCUGAGGUGCCCGGCGUGCCUUCGUCGCAAACGACCUCAGCGACAGCGGGAGUCACAGAUUCCAAGGGUGGGUCUGUUCAACGACUUAGUCAAGGGCGACUUGUUCUACGUCAUGACCCACGACGGUGCGACACACGCACUCUUGGGACUGGUGGACAAAGCUACGAGACUACAUGUGGUGUGUCGGAUUGUUUCACGCGAACCAGGAGACGUCUGGGAGAAGUUCCAGACGUGCUGGCUCACCCCGUUCGGGAUUAUGCAGAUUCUGGUUGUCGACAGGGACGGCGCCUUCGAAGCCGUGUUCAUGGACAACUGCCACACGUUGGGAAUCGACGUGAGGUACGUGCCGCCGGGAGCUCACUGGCAGUUGGGCCUGGCCGAAUCCGGCAACUACGCCUGGCGCCGAGUCUUCGAGAAGGUGAUCGACGUCAUCCUGCCGACGAUGCCAGAGCACGUGGACCUUGCGAUCAUCUCGACGAGCCACGCCGUAAACCAGUCAGUGCGCCGAGCAGGCCGCACCGCCUAUGCCGCCGCCUUCGGACGGGUACCCACGCUUCCGACCGAGCUCUUGGCUGACACCACGUCCGCCGAGUUCUGGCACAAUUGCACCCAGGAUGAGAUGCUGGCCUACGGGGAGAGAUGCCGCAUUGAGGCGCUCAAGGCGAUCGCCGACCUGGAGGCCGACGAGGCGCUGCGUACCUCCAUCCUCCGCCAGCCUGUCAACCGCAAGGAGUACGACUUCCUCUCGGGACAGCGCGCGGCAGCCUGGGGCGAGCAUGGUCGCAAGCGACGGGGCAAGACGCCCGUGGCAGGGUAUCGCCCAGGCAUUUUCUGUUUCUGGGAUUCCGGCACCAACGGCUACGGCGAGGGCGAGUCUGCCUGGUUGCGGAUCGGGCACCGCACUGUGCAGGUGGCCCGCGAACACAUACGCCCAGCCGUCGGUUUCGAGGGCUGGACCCCUUCCGAGGAGGACCUCAAGGAGCUCAAGACGGCCGAGCAGGACUUGGCGAAGGCCAGAGCGGUACCCGGCGUCGAGCCCAGAGUCGAGCCGAAGGCGAAGCUCCAGAGCCCGCUGCGCCCUUUCCGUGCAGCCUUCGUGUCCAACGAGUCGGACGAGAUGGAGUUCAUCACACCGGAUGGCUGGGACGGAGUCGAGGAGCCACCUGGCGGAGUCCAGGAGGCCUACGAGGCGCACCUCUUGCCCAUCGAGAACUUCGAGAACGACCCGAUCGAUGACAGCGAGCCGGACGACGACUGGACAAACUGCCUGUACAUGACCUACCACGAGCUCUCCGACCUCAGGGACGGCGAGAUGGACGUGGACUGUGCGACAGCACAGGUGGGCGACACGACGGACUCGAACAACCUGUCGAGACGCGAGCAGCGUCAACUGGAUCGUGAAAUCCCCUGGCGGGAGAUCGCAGAGUACCCGGAGGACCAGUUCAUGGAGUACGAGUGCCAGAACUGGGACACCUGGAAGUCCGUUCGGGCCUGCUCGCAGGAGGAGGCCGAACAAGUUCGUCGUGACCCUCAUCUCCGCAAACGGUGCAUCCGCUCGCGCGUGUGCUACCGGGACAAGAACUUGGGGUUUCCGCCGUUGAAGGCCAAGGCUCGCCCGGUGUUGCUGGGGUUCUCCGACCCCGACCUGGAGAAGUUGCCGCGUAACGCCCCGGUGCUGACCGAUGCUGGCAAGAAGCUGAUCUGCCAGAUCGCGGUCUCGAAUGACUGGCGAGUCGGGACCGGAGACGCGGAGAGCGCCUUUCUCCAGGGAGGCGCCCAGAGCGAGCGCGAAGAGGCGAUCUACAUGAUUCCGCCCAAGGACCCGAUAGUUCAAGCCGCCGGAGUCUUCACCGCCCCACUCUACGAGGUGGUCGGCAACCUGUACGGUCAGUCAACGGCGCCGUACCUAUGGUACAAGCACGUGGUGACGACCUUCCUGGCGCUGGGCAGCAAGCUCCACAGCCUCGAUUCAGCUCUCUUCCUGUGGUUUUUUCCGAACAAUGAGUUGGCUUGUGCGGUGGGUAUGCACGUGGACGAUGCUCUUGCGGCACACCAUCCCAAGUUCGACUUCACACCGAUCGAGAAGGCUAUUAAAUGGCGAGGCUGGCAGUGGGACAACUUCGUCUUCCUCGGCGAGGAAUACCAGCGCCUACGUCAAGGUCCGUACAGCGGAAGUUUGUUUGUUCAUCAAGCGGCCUACACUAAGGCAAUUGCAGUCACGAAGGUUGGAGUUAUGUCCAGCACUCGGUCUUCUUCUAAGCUGACGCGUUCUGAGCGCGAAGAUCUGGAGUCUGCUGUCGGUUCGCUCCAGUGGUUGUCCGGACACACACGUCCAGACCUGUCAGCCGCGGUUUCCCUUGUCCAGAGGACCGACCCCGAGCUGAACGACCUACGGAUGGCCAUGAAGCACGUAGAGUACGCGCACCGCACAGCCCAGACUGGCAUCCUGAUCGUCCGCGUCGACUUGAGCCGCGCCUGCUUCGUUAGUUUUGCAGACAGCUCAUGGGCGAACGCUCCAGGAUUGAAGACCCAGAUCGGCACCCUCAUCUUUCUGGCAGACGAGGCGAUACUCACCGGACCCACGUCAUGUACUCUCUUGUUUCACAAGUCCAAGAGAACGCCGAGAGUGGUGAGAUCUACGCUGGCUGGGGAAGCUAUCGCGCAGGACCUGGGAGUGGACUACGCGUCGUACUUGUCGAAGUUCCUGUCCGAGAUGUUGACUGGACGGCCUGCUGGCCGACACCCACCGAUCUUCGAGGUUAUCACCGUUACCGACUGCAAGUCUCUGUACGAUGCCCUCCACCAGCUCACCCCGAGUUUGUCUGAGAAACGUACUGUGAUCGACGUGAUUUCCAUUCGUGACGAGGUGAAGGUCAAGAACGUCAGAUGGAUCCCUACGACGCACAUGAUAGCCGACGGCAUGACCAAGGAGGAUCCGAAGCUUCGUGAGAAUCUGACCAAGUUCCUGGCGGAUCCAGUGCUGUCGCUCGUGGAGUCGAUUGCUUGCGAGGAGCUGACCGGUGGGGAUGGCCAAGUACAGAAGAAGUGA